UCUGUCUCUCUCUUGUUUUUCUUUUAUAAGAUCUCGGAUCCUUCAUUUCCCUUGUUUGAUUGCUGAGAAAGUAAAGGAAAAAAGGAAAAUAUAAGUAAGAAAAAAAAGUUAACGAAUCUUUUGAUUCUUGACACAGUCUUGUACAUUUUCAAUUUUUGUUGAGUUUACUUGAAGCCUAAGUCUCGAGUAUAGUCACUUUUAUUUUUAUUUUUUUUUGCAUUAAACAGAAUUUUCAUGGAAACAUUUCUCAUUGUGUGCUGUUCUUGACACUAUCUUUUUUUUUUUUUUUUUUGGGUAACAUUCUGUUGUGCUGUGAAGGAUAUUUGAAAAUGGAUGGAAAAUCAUCUUACUUUGAAGAGUGGGACCUGAGAGGGUUAUUUGAAUUGUUUGGUUCUGAAUUUUGCUUGGAGGACAUAGCAAAUGCCUAUUGUGAGGCCAAAAAAGACGUUGAUUUGGCCGCUCAAAUUCUUCUUGCGUCAAAGGGUGCAACGAGUGUUCCUGUUCCAAAGUCUUCUCAUGAUGAAGUGAAAUCAGAAUUUCAUGGUGCGUCUGCGUCACUGGGUUCUGUUUCUGGAGUUGUUGGAAGAGACUAUGUUCAACCCAAGACUUGGACUAAGGCUAAUAGGGAAGUGAGCAAACCCUUGAAGUUAGAUGCAAGGGAAAUGCCUGAAUCAGUGGUAUGGGGUGAAAACUCUUCGCCAACUACGGCAGCUGCAAAGGGGACUGUGAGUGAUGGGGUUGUUGACUUCCUCUAUAAGAUGCUUGGAGAUGGCUUUGAACUUGAUAAGAAUAAGAUACAUGUGGUUCUUGGCCAUUGUGGAUAUGAUGUACAGAAGACAAUGGAGGAGCUGGUUGAUGAGUCAGCUUCUACUUUGGAGAAAUACGAUGAUCCUGAUCUGGCUGGUGAAAAUUCUAGAGAUCAGCAUCCAGAUGUAAACUGCACACCCAGUGAGGAAUUAUUCAAUUCAACAGAUUCAUCCAAAAGAGACAAGGAUAGAGCUGGUCUCCAGAAAGAAAUUUUAGAAUCAUUAUUUAGUUUUACUCAAAUAUCUGAAGAACUACCAAAAAAAAGGCUUCCAGCGAGAGCAAGACCAUACCGUGGACCUUAUGUGAGACCUACAAAAAAUACAACAACAACAAUAACUGAACAGCCGGUUGAUGUAGAAUCACAAAUCAAGGACGAGAGUGAUGAUGAGAAUAGCUAUAAGACACUACGUGGGGCAGUGAGGGAACAUUGGAUUACCAUGAAAGAAUACUACAGGGCUGCUGUUGAUGCAUUUGUUAAAUGUGAUUAUGCCCGGGCAGAUAGACUUGUAGAAGAGGGAAACUUUUAUAAUAGAAAGGCUCGAGAAGCAGAUGAAAAAUCUGCUCAAAAGCUUUUGCAAUCAAGUUAUGAAUCCAACGAUGAAGAAAUACCUCUUGAUUUGCACGAACAUGAGCCAAAUCAAGCCCUUCAUCUUCUCAAAUUUCAUUUAACUACUAUCUCUGGCAUUCAUUCAAUCAAGUACCUCCGAGUCAUAGUUGGGACAGAAGAUGAAGAUAGAAAAGGGACUAGGAAAAAAUUGAUUAUUAAACUGCUGAACAAGAAUUCCAUUAAUUGGACAGAGGAAGACAGUGGCCGGACCUUACGCAUCCAAGUGGAUGUCAUUGAUAGGAAAAGCCUGCCCUUGGCCCAAAAAACCUGAAUAUUUGUGUGUCUAUUGUCUUUUAGAAAAAAAAAAACAUACCUAUAUCAGAUAGAUUUUCUAAAGAUAUAUGCAAUAUCAAUUCUUUUUUGCUAAAUAUGUAAGAUUAAAAUUUCCCUUUCUAUGUCAUUUUUUUAGCUUCUGUUUUCUUAAAAU